UAGGGUUUUAAAAUCUUUCUCUGGCUAUGGCGCCCGCGAGGCUGUGGAGAAUUUGGCGCUGGCGCUUCCGCUUCUUCUGGUUGGCUUGCAUCGAUCGAGCGGGGCGAAGGGCGCGAAUUCGAUCCGCGCAGCGCGUGGAGAGGAAGAAGGAUGCGGCCGCUGCGCCGGAUUCUCUUGGAUCAGUCGCGAGGGCAGAGAAUGCGGCGCCGAUUUGGCAAUUGCCAAAUGGCGAGGGCAUUGCUGGGCGGGAUUUGGCGCUGCUUGUGGAUGGGAAGUGGCUUAACAGUGAGAUUAUCAACAGCUACUUCUCGCUCAUCAAGGUUCGCUCCGACAGGCUUUACAAGAAUUCUUCUUCAAAGUUUCGAACCCAUUGUUUCAGCAGUUUUUUCUACACCAAGCUCCAAAUCGCUGGAUACGAAGGCGUGCGUAGAUGGACGAAAAACAUUAACAUUUUCGACCACGAUCUUCUUUUGUUUCCUGUCAACCACAACAACGUACACUGGUCUUUAGUUGCGGCGCAUCUCAAAAACCACCGGAUAGAGUACUACGACUCUUUGCUGUGCAAAUCGAAAACAAAGGCAUACAUUCGUAUCAUGAAAUCGGUCGAUGAGUACCUUCGUGAGGAGGGAGCAAACAAACAUAGCAUGACCAGCGUACAGAACUGGCAACUUUGCGUUGUGGACAACAUCCCGCAACAGACGGAUGGCUCGAGCUGUGGUGUCUUCAUUUGCGCCUACGCAGAGCAUCUAACCCGGGGGCAGUCGCCACCUUUCUAUUUCUCGUCCAGUGACAUCUACAACAUCCAAGCAAAAAUGACUACUCAAAUGCUACGUGGAUUCAUCCCUUAAAGAGAUUUACCAGCUUGAGAACGUUCCGCUCGAUCUUGGCAAAUUCCAUCGCCAGCGCUUGAGCGUUGAAGAUGAAGGCGCCAAACACGACAGUAUCUUCCCAGUUCCGGUCAUCGCCCG